GAUAGUGCCACCUCUAAUAAUACAGUUCUAAUUGACAAGUUUUAUUAAAUUGUGAAAGAAAAAAUAAGACGAGACCGAGAAAUUUCUAAAAAUUAUUUGUUAAGCUCAACUGUCAUAUAAGAGUUUUAUCCGUUUUAGUAAACUUUGCCGAAUAUCAGAUUAACAGAAGUAUCUUUCUUUACAAGGAGACAAAUUUCAUCAUAUAAAAAUGUUUUUGCGCUUUGCAAUGUCUGCUACCCCCAUCCGUUUUGGAUUGAAAACUGUGGCUUUAUCAAACGUAAUAAGAUGUGGUCCGUUGGAGGCACGACUUCAAAACUCGCUAAAGUCGUAUAAUUUAAAUAUAUCACGAAGCUAUGCUCGUGGGCCAACCCGUGGACCAUAUACUCGUAAUGAAGUAGGACGUACACCUACCUUAAAAGAAAAACUAAUGGGCCCACCUUCAGAAAAUGCUUACUCAAUUGGGAAAGGAGCUGUUGCCGGUGCAUCAGCUAUCGGUCUAGGAGCAUUAUGCUUUUAUGGUCUGGGCUUGAAUAAAGAUCCAAGUAUUUACACCAAUUCUAUGUUAUGGCCGGAGUUUGUUCGCGAAAGAAUUCACGCAACUUAUGGUUACUUUGGUGCAUCUUGUGUCAUAACUGCAGGUGCUGCCAUGGCAGUCUUUCGAUCUCCCCGAUUGCUCUCGAUUGUAACAAGAAAUGGCUGGAUGUCAAUGUUGGGUACGUUUGCACUUAUGAUCGGUACUGGUGCACUAGCGCAAUCUAUUGAAUAUCAACCCGGUGUUGGCCCGAAACAAUUGGCUUGGGCUUUACAUUGUGCAGUGCUGGGAGCUGUUGUCGCACCAAUGUGCUUCCUUGGUGGUCCCAUUCUAACUAGGGCUGCAUUGUAUACCGCUGGAAUAGUGGGAGGACUAUCUACGGUUGCGGUAUGCGCACCAAGUGAUAAAUUUCUUUACAUGGGUGGUCCUUUGGCUGUAGGGCUCGGCUUGGUGUUUGCCUCUUCUCUAGCUUCAAUGUGGCUACCACCUACUACAGCUUUGGGUGCAGGUCUAGCAUCAAUGUCACUUUAUGGUGGUCUAAUUCUCUUCAGUGGGUUUUUGCUUUACGACACUCAGCGUAUAGUACGAUAUGCUGAAAACCAUCCACAAAUAUUUGUGAAACCUUAUGAUCCAAUAAACGCAUCCCUUUCUAUUUACAUGGACACCAUAAACAUAUUCAUAAGAAUUGCUACAAUAUUGGCUGGUGGCGGAGGAAAUCGCCGACGCUAAUCUGUUAUACAAAAUAUUAUUAAAUGAUUACCUAACGUGAUAUGCUUGAUUACAAAAUUUAAGAUUCUCGCUUAACACUUAAAAAUAAUGUAUUUUUGUUAACCCAUCUAUUAAUAGAUUCCGAAAAUAAACGAUUAGAAACAAA